AUGGCAACCGAUGAUAAGGCGGCGGAGAUGGCGGAGAUGGUUGAGACCGUGGCAACAACCAACAUUUCGGUAUCCAUUGCCUCCCAAGAGGUUGAAGAUCGCCAUGUCUCUUUCCGACUCAUUAUUAUCACAGCCGCUGUCACUGGAGUUUAUCUCGCCACAAUCGUCCAUAUAGUCGGGUCUGGCCUGUUGGCUCGCUCGAUUGUCGCAGCAAUUGGUGGUAGCGACAAAGUAGCUUGGCUCACUAUCGUGGUCACUUUCCACCCCAUCCUCCUCGGCCCACCUGUUGCGCAAGCCGCAGACCUUUGGGGUCGCAAGUGGUUCAUUGUCGUGGCCAUGUUGGCAGGCACUGUUGGCUGCCUCAUCGUGUCUAGGGCAAAUACCAUAGGCGUCGCCAUUGCAGGCCAAGCUAUUGCAGGAUUCAAUCAGACAGCACAGGGCCUGUCACAUGCAAUUGUGUCAGAGAUUUUGCCUCGGAGAUAUAGACCAUGGGCCCAAGCCGGAAUUCAUGUCGCUGCUGGGUUGGGCGCACUCCUUGGUCUGUAUGUUGGAGGUGCAAUGUGCAGGAACUCUCCGGAAGGGUUUCGAAAUUAUUGGUAUCUCACUGCAAGUUUGUUUUGCACUGUCGGCUGCAUCAUCGCUAUCUUUUAUAAUCCUCCUCUGAGGCAGCUUCAGCAUCUGAAUGUCGCCGAGAAAAUCCGACGCUUCGACUUGCCUGGCACCUUCCUUCUUAUCAUUGCGCUGUUGGGAAUUUGCCUUGGCUUAGGUUGGUCUCAGAAUCCAUACACCUGGCGGAACGCCCAUAUCCUUACUCCCUUCAUCAUCGGGAUUACGGGCCUGGUAUUCUUGAUUAUUUACUAUACCCAGUUCAAAAAGGACGGCAUAAUUCACCAUGAGUUGUUCCAAGGUUCCCGCAAUUUCGUCAUAGCUCUGAUAUGUAUCUUUGCUGAAGGAGUGUCAUUCUUCGCCGCCAACAACUAUUUUGGCUUCCAGGUCGGCUUCCUCUUCGAUAGAGAUUUGCUUCUCACUGGAGCCACAUACAGCAUUACUUGGAUCACAUAUAUGAUUGGGACGUUGAUUGCAGGAUGGUACUGCUCCCGGACAGCGACCUUGAAGCUCCCAGUGAUUAUAUCAUUUGUCUCCUUCAUCAUCUUUUUCGCUUUGAUGAUCUCAGUACAGCUGUCAUCAGGCACUAUGGUCUGGGGCUAUGGUGUGUUUCUGGGGAUCGGACUUGGAAUCUCACUCAAUGCUCUGGUUGUCGUUGCUCAAUUGUCAAUCCCACCACAGCUCAUCGCAACAGGCACGUCCUUGAUGCUUGCCAUCCGUGCUGCAGGUGGGACUGUGGGACUGGCGAUCUACAACGCGGUAUUCAACGCAGCUCUGAGUAAUAAUCUUGGACCAAAAAUCAGCCAAGCUGCGUUGUCGCAGGGCUUGCCUUCGUCAAGUUUGCCACAAUUGAUAAACGCCCUUGCGCAUGAGGACUAUGCUGCAGUCCAAAGCGUGCCAGGAAUAACUCCAGCAAUCAUUCAAGCUUCUGUGGUCGCGUUGAAGAACGCGUUCAAUGUUGGUUUCCGGAAUAUUUACAUCACAGCACUUGCGUCAGGAAUAGUAGCGUUGAUUGCAUCAUUCUUCUUGCGCGAUCGCAAAGAAGAGUUUACCUACAGCAUCGACGCACCAAUGACAGAGAAAAAGGUCAAGGACAUCCAGGAGUAA